AUUCCGGAAAAUUUCCGGAUAAGUUUCUGUAGCUUGGUUUUAAAUUUUAUAUCGUUUUAACGUCAAAAUAUCAAGAUGGCUGACUUUCUUAAAGAACUGCCUAGUCACAAUGAAGAUAAUUUUACAAGGUUCCACACAGAUUCGAGUUGUAGGUCAAAUAUGAGAAAACCAGCAGUGUAUAUACCUACAGUAGACCAUCCUUCAGAACAAGUCAUUACAACAGAGAAGACCAACAUCCUGUUACGAUAUCUACAUCAGCAAUGGGAUAAAAAGAAUCAGAAUAAAAAGAGAGACUUUAGUCGUGCUAGCUUAGAUUCCUCAGAAUGUAGCUCAUCAUCCAAAAUACCUCGCCUGAAUCCCGACGACAUUUCAUAGACCGAUCCAUACUCUAUUCCAUGGGUGACUGUGAAUGCCAAAGCAAUGUGAAUUAAUGUACCACUGAUCCAGAGAUCUGUUUGUACCCAUAUUUAAGCAAUAAUGUUAUGUUUAUUCUUGAUCUUUGGCUGUAAUUAAUGUGUACAAAUAGUCUAUUAGUUAAUUGAUAGGACGGACGGAAGUUUAGUUCCAUUUGUGUAUGCUAUGUGGAAUUUCAGCAGAAUGUGAUACAUGUGACACAGAAUUUUUGUUGUCAUGUAUUUAUUGAAGUUUAUCUGUUGCUAGACAUUGUGACCCAUUUCUUACAGAAUGUUACCAGCAAUUAUAUAUGUGUACAGGUAGUUCCCUAGGUCAGGAUUUAUGUAAUUUGAAUAAUUUGUUGUUAAUGACAUGUCAGUCGAUGAGAGAGGUCGUACAGAGUGCCGUUAGUUGGCGGUAACUGAUAAACAAUAUGCAACGUAAACAUAAGUUGUAAAAAAAAAUACUUGAUUCUUCAUUUUUAAAUUCUUCCAAAAAUUUUAAUUAACAUUUGAAAAAUUCUGGAAAGUCGGUGCAUGCUUUACUGAGGGCUUCUUGUCAUCUGAUAUACAAUGUACAAUAUGUGUCAUAAACAGAUUUCAGUUUGUACUUUCAUAUCGUAAACGACCGGCCCUAGGUUUAUGCUUGUACUAUUUUGAAUUAAGUUUGUAAAUACACGCAUAAUAAUAUAAACUACUGUUUUAAUUUUUUUAUGACAUUUGUACUGUAAUUGUAUUUCCUCACUGCUUCAUUCGAUUGUGAAAGAAUUUUGUAUUAAUGCAAAAAAAAAAACAAUUCUGUAUUAGCAUGGUUGGUGAGAGACAUUUAUCUGUGGAGGAAAACUUCUGAUGCAUACAAGAAUUUGUGUGUAAGAAUUUUAAGUAUUGUAUGUCUUACACAUUUGUAAAAGAAAAGUUUUGUCUGUAAGGUUUCUAUAAGAUAUCUGUGUUUCAGUGGCACAAAAUAGAUUUACAACAGUUAGCAGGUUAGAGUAUGAUCAGAAACUGAAAUUAAUAUUUUUAGUUAAUAAUUUUGUUUUAACAUUACAUAUUGAAGAAAAGCAGAGUGUACAAAUGUGAUUGAAGUUUCCUUGUGUGUAGUAAGAGGGUUAAACUGCAAUCGUGAAUUGUAUUAUGUAUGCAUACUUACUUUAGCAAAUUAUUUGAAAUGUAUCAAAAUUUGAAAUGGUGCCCUGCUAGGUGUAAUCAUGAAUAAUUGUUUCUUUCAAGUAUGACUGUGAAAAACUAGAGUAUUUCACAUUAUAGUACAAACUGAAUUAGCUAUCUAUCAGCAGUAAAAACACUAAACUAUGAAUCCUGCUAAACUAAGUAAAGCAUACAAUGUGUGACUUUACGUACAGCUCAACACUCUUAGUAUUAUGAUAUACCAUGUCUGUCUCUGAUUCUUCUGCCUGGUCAGUAUAUUCUGUACAUAGACAAUGGAAUUAUAAUCGCUUCUAAAUUUUCAGCUUUGAGGUAACACUCAUUUACAGUGUAUAUAUAAUUUUGAAAUUUUAUUGAUUUGUAACAUUUUAUUUGUUGAAGGCAACUAUAGAAACAUGGCCAUUUAUUGGUAACAUGAAACAAGAUUCAAAUAAUUUUAUGGAAUUUGGUGCAAAAUUGAUAGAAGCAACAUUAAAUAUGGGCAGUUUGUAUAAUUCUGGGGGGAAAUAUUGUUUUAAAAAAAACAAAAAAUGACUUUAAAAGAGGCAGGAUCAAUAUAUAUAUGGCAUGUUUCAGUGAACUUCAGCAUACUGUCAAUUUUAUGAAAUGUAACCUCAAACUAAUAGCAAAAGAAUUUAUUCAUGUAAUGUAUUUUGAUUUAGUUCACAUUUUAUUAAUUACAAUGAAAAACAUAUAUAUAUCAUUUGCUCACCAUUGCGAAUUAUUAGUGAAAGGGGCACAACUCUGUAAAGAUGCAGGAUUGUAAGAUGGGUAUGAAAGAUAUUGUAUUGAUCUGCUGAAAGGGUUAUGGUGUUAAAAUCCACUAUGUAUCAACAAUGUAAGAGUAUCAAAGUCAUUUAUUUAUAAAAUGUUGAGUUGUAAAUUAAAGGAAAUGAUAAAAAGCACUGCCACUUCACAAAUGUAUCAUAUAUGCAUAUAAAUUAUAAAAUGAAGAGUAUGUUUAUAUUAACAGAGAAAAUUGGUAAAUAACUUCCGAGGCAUUGAUAUAAUAGAAAUAAUCAUGAACUUUUAAUGCCCAGAAAUUUACAAACUUUAAGACUGACCCGAAGUAUAGAUAGAUUUAUGAUGGAGUGCAUGAUAGGCCAGACUAUACACUCAUUCAGGACUGGAUAUAUUAUGGUAUGGUGCUCAUGUCCGUCUGACUGUCUGUCUUAUAGCUUUCUUUGUAUUUUAGCACAUGACUUAAAUACUACAAAUAAAUUUUUACCAAGGUUGACAUGAUUUUGUCUCAUGCACUCACAUUUGUUUUUGAUACAUCUAGAUAAUCAUCUGACGGGCGUAUCAUGUGUCGUGGCAGUGCACUUUGUUAACUCUGAGUAGCAGAGAAAUGGUGCGAUACGGUGUAAAAUGAUUCGUUAAUGAAUUGCGUAUACCGGUAACUAGAUUAUAUUCUGUUACAAUUAGUUUGAGGUUAAGGAGGAAUAAUGCAUCAAAAUGGCCGACUUCUCUAAAUAUCAACAAUCAAUACGUACAAGUAUACUUUUCUUUAUUUAUUCUCUUGCUGAUAGUUCAGAUGUAUUGUGUUAACUUCUGAUCUAUGGUGGUUUGAGUCUUAGCAGGGGUAUUAAUUUUUUUUUCUUCAGAUUUCUUUCUACUGAAUUUAAAAACUGCAUUUUUUAACUACAUAAGGUAAAUUUGAAAGUUUUCAAUUUCAAAAUAUUGUACAUAUAUCCCGUUCCAUCCUUAUCAGAUUUCUCGGGUGUGUUAUUCCUCCUUAAAUUGUAUGGUGACUUGACAAUACUUUAUGAUUAUUUUUUAGAAAUGACAUUAUAAACAAUUACUUUAUGUUCUUGUAUAUAAAUAAACAGUUUGUACAAUACAAAAGGACUUUCAUUAUUAAAACAUUUCUGUGACAUCA